ACCAACGCGCAACAUGUAAAAGUAGCCGGCGUUCACCGGGAAAGUGGCGCGAGUUCAUAGACGUAGUUCCGUCAUUGUUAUUAUUAUUAUUAUUAGUAAUGAAGCUAAAGGGUAGUUUAAAUGCGUCAAUGUGACACAUGGCAGACAUUUUACAUGUGCUGUUCCGGAGCUUUAUGUCCCGCAGUGACCACACGAGGGCGCUGACGGCCAGUGUUACAGCACCGAGCAGCAGCAGCAGCAGCAUUAGCAGCAGCAGCAGCAGUGUCCUGGUCCUGGGAGACAACAGCGUGAGCCACUCACUGCUGCUGCUGGCGGCCGUGACCGCAGCAGCACAGCUGGGCAUCCGAGUCAUGUUCUUCACCCGGACACACAUCCGGAGACUUCCAGCGUGUGUGCAUAAAUGUGUCCCGAGCCCGAGUCCCGAGAGUUUAAAGAAAAUCCAGUUUUCCUAUCCCAGGACAGUAGAGGAGCUGCUGCAGCAGAUCGCCAGCCUUCAUGAGUCCACCAGCCCGUGUCCAGCACCUCCCUCUCUGAUCAUCGUCGACAGGCUGGAGAGCUUCCUGUGUGCUCCUGGGGUCGGCAGCCACAGUGAGUAUCAGUCAGGAGAGCAGUCCUGUGCCGCUCACCUCUCCGCUCUACUGUGCGACACCGCUGCCUUUCUCACACAAGUCCUGGAGCAGCGGUCCUCGAGCGCAGGCCCCUGCCGCGUCAUCGCCUCAUUCCAGUCCGAGGCUGACGCUGGACAAACCGGCCAGGAGUCUCCCGUCCUCGACGCCCUCGAUCGUUACUUCCAAGUGCGAUGUACUCUAGACCAAAGUGGAGGACAUGACACUGCGACAGCAACAGGACGACAACAGGUGUGGAACAUUUACUUUUCUGGAAGAGGCAUCAAAGAAACGACGAGUACCACAGACUGUGAGGAGAAGCCUGGUGUGACCCAGGAGUGGCAGCUGCUGAUAAAUCCUAAUGGUUUAAUGGAGUUUAGAGCGGUUUGAGAAGCAGAAAACUGACACAGACACAAGAGACGGGGCAAGAUGGAGCAGGAGAAGCCAAAAGCACAAGAAUAACAGAUUACUUAGCUGGGAGCUCCCCCAACAUCCAUUUGUAGUUGGAACUCAGAAUUUCACCUCCCUUGAACUCGGAUUUCCAACUUGGACGUUUGGAGCAACCUCAGCUGCCCCACGAGAGGAUUCUAAGACUGUUGAGAGCUGUAGAUUAUAUAUGAACUAGUUGUAAUCGGUGUUUCCUGGUGUUUUCACUGUGAGUCUGGCUCAUGCUUGUUUUAGGUGUAGACGGUGUGCCAACGUGUCAGUACCUCAAACAACCACAGCCAGUGUGUUAACUCUGCUCAGGUCCGUCUUUCUUUUCUCUCAGCAGCUCUUUCUCUGUUUUUCCUCCUUGUGCUAAAAAUGUUUGACUGUUUCUCAUCUGAAGUCAAACAAAACUAAGUGCUUGAAAUGAACAAUAAAAACAAAUAAUAAAUGUAUUCUUGUCCAUGUUGUACCUGAUGCACUGAUGCAUCAAUUAACAGAAUACAUUUGUUACCUUUAACUCUUUAA